AGCGCGCGGCUGUGAAUCCCACAUGGAGUGCUGCGGAUUCUCUCAGUAAACACCACUGAUCUGAACUCAGUCUGAACUACACACAACCUGUAGCACAGGUUUAAUCCCCAUUUACCUGCUUUAUUUAUCAUUUUUAAUCUAGCGGAAUGGCCACAGAAGCGAAGAGACCAAAGAGGGAGAGCAGUGAGGAGGAUGAUCAGCCUCUGCAGAACUUCUUACUGUGGUGUGAUAAAGUGAAUCUGACACUGAGCAACAAGGUCUAUUUAAGUAAAGAAGGCACAGUAGCAGAGUACGGCAUGCUGGCUAAAGAUGACAUAGAAGAGGGCCAUGUCCUUUUCUCCAUCCCCAGACAGGCCCUCCUGCAUCAGGGCACUUCCAAAACCAAAAAGGUUCUUGAAGAAGGAAAAGAGUGUUUGGAGAGCUCCUCAGGCUGGGUUCCUCUCCUGCUUGCUCUGAUGUACGAGUACACCUGUCCAGACUCACACUGGAGGCCCUACCUGUCUCUGUGGACUGACUUUAAGAAGCUGGAUCAUCCCAUGUUUUGGUCUAAGGAGGAGAGAGAGCGGCUUCUGAAGGGGACAGGUAUCCCCGAGGCAGUGGACACAGACCUGACCAACAUCCAGACAGAGUAUAAUGACACUGUUCUGCCUUUCAUGCGCUCCCAUCCGGAGCUGUGGGACCCUGAGCGCCACACUGUGGAGCUUUAUCAGUGUCUGGUGGCUUUUGUCAUGGCCUACAGCUUCCAGGAGCCUCUUGAAGAUGAUGAGGAGGAUGAAGAUCCCAACCCUCCAAUGAUGGUGCCAAUGGCAGACAUGCUGAACCAUGUGUCCAACCACAAUGCCAAUUUAGAGUACACACCGGACAAUUUAAAAAUGGUAGCAGUGCGGCAGAUCAAGAAGGGUGAGGAGAUCUUUAACACGUACGGUCAGAUGGCCAACUGGCAGCUUCUGCACAUGUACGGCUUCACCGAGCCCUUUUCCACCAACAGCAACGACGCGGCAGACAUACAGAUGUCCAGUCUGUAUAAAGCAGCUGUUCAAGUAACGCAGAGUGAGGCAGAGCAUCGUCUGGUGGUGGAGAAGUGGAGCGUUCUGUGUGAGAUGGAGAUGGUCGGGGAGAAAGGUGUCUUUGUUUUCGGGAAGAACGGUUCACUAACAGACACAGAACUCUACACAUCUCUGAAGGUCUUGUGCAUGAGCAAAGAGGACUUUAAAGAGUUCCAGGAGAAUGAAGGUUGGGAGGAAGAUGACGGUGAUGAUGAUGAAUCUAAAAUGGCUGAAGCUUUAAGCUUUGAGGGACUGCCAGCUCUGGCUCCACAGUGGAAGAGGCUGCUGCACGCUGCUGCAGGCUUCACAAUGAACCAGUUUUCCCAGGAUAUGGAGUCCGAUCGCAGGCUGCUGGAAGAACCGGGAUCUCUCGCCAAACUUGGGCCCAGAGAGAGCAAAGCUCUGCACGUGAGACUAGGACAGAAGAGCAUCCUCCACGAUCUGCAGCAGCUCAUCCAGUAGAGCACAGCUUGGUGCACCGCGGCUUUAUUUCUAAUGUCCAGUUCACAAUACGUGAUUUUUAGCCUGGUUGUCCAGUAGCCUAUUUUUCUUUUGUCUGUUUUGUUUCUAUUAGAUUGGACACACAAACUUGUGCUCAGAGGUAAAUGGACAAUCACUCAGAGCAUGCUCAGUUGUGUAGUGUGAGGUGUGGAAAGAUGUUCACAGAGCCAUCGCUGACAAGCCACAGACACCUAGCAAAAAUCAAGCCGGUUUAAUAUCUAGACCUGGCAGUGUCUUUGAAUUAAGAGCAGUGACAACCUCCAUCCAAUAGGGCUAAGUUCUUGCUUGUUUUUGGAGAGCAAACAUGUUCUCGUGCAAUUUCCUAAGAUUUUAAACUUGUGCAAUUUGGGGCGCUGUGUCAGCAGUCAGUGGUGUAGUGUGAAAGCCACAACAACUGACAGACUUGUGAUUACAGCACAAACAGAUGUGUAGUGUGAACAUGUAGUGCAAUAAUCUAACAACUCAAAAAGUCAUGAAGUGUAAACUAAUUAUAACUAAACCAACACCCAAUUCUGGACUUCAGUGUUUUCAGUAAAGAACUUCACAUUGCAAAGUAUUACCUGAUGACUUUGGCCCAGUGUAGAAUCCGAGCGAGGUGCCUUUAUAUGAGACUGAGUAUUUUCACACCUGUAGUUUAUUUCUCUGAUUCAGAUCAGUUUAGUUUGUUUUCCCCCUGAUUUGGUUUGUUUUCACACAUGCACAAACCUAAACGCACCAAUAAUUGAUGCAAGAACGUUCUCUAAAUGAUGUUAUGUAAUAAAAGUUUGGGAGAAGGACAAUGCCUGAACUCGUUCUAACGUUCUAACUCCACCCCGUAUCAAUCAACCGCCCUAUAAAUACCUGCCCUAACUAACUACGUCUCGUGACGAAAGUUCGCAACCCACCUCCUCCCCAACAACCCCCUUUAUCUACUCUUCCACUUCUCAUUAAAUAAAAAGGGGGGGAUAUAACUGCACGCUUCUUCAAGCACGCAGUUCAGAACUCCAGCCCAAUUUUCCCUGAGUUCCCUCCCCUUUUUUCUUUUUUUUUCUCUACUUCUUUAGCAGUUUAGUUAGAAUUAAAAUAGUAUAUUUGACCGUUGGGUCAAAUUAAAGCCAGAUCACCAUAAAAAUGAACCAUUUCAGAGUUUAUUUAAGACUUCCUCUAGCAGGUAAAAUCCUUUUUUACCUGUACUUUAUUACCCUGCUUCCAAAUCUGAACUGAAAAAUCCUGCUUGAUCCACAUAGCUUAAUGGGAAAUGCCAAUCAUUUUGAGUGUAAUUUCUGCAUACUUACAUCACUAAGAUGUGAAAGUCAUGCAGAGUGUUUUGGUGUAUAUUUCUGUUGGUGUUUUAAAACUGGUUCAAAAUGUAAAAUUAAUAUUAAAAGGAA